GUUGCCAUUAAGGGUAUCGAAAAGGAGCUCAUCUGCCCAUCAUGCCAGGAAUUAUUUACUCAUCCGCUGAUCCUUCCUUGCCAGCACAGUAUUUGUCACAAAUGUGUGAAAGAGAUACUCUUUGCGUGUGAAGACUCGUUUGCUGAUGGGGGCUCUGAAUCCUCCAAUCAGAGUAGUCCUCGAAUGAAAAUGUCUUCUCCUAGUAUGGACAGACUCGACAGGUUUAGUAGAUCAGGAGUUGGUAUCUACACAGGCAGAAAACGCAAUUCACUGACUCCUAGAUCGAGUCUAUUUCCUUGUCCGGGUUGCCAGCGGGAUAUUGAUCUUGGAGAACGUGGCAUCAAUGGCUUAUUUCGCAACUUUACUUUGGAAACUAUUGUGGAAAGAUACAGACAGGCGGCUAGAGCAGCCAUUGCCAUUAUGUGUGAUUUCUGCAAACCUCCACCUCAAGAGUCCACAAAGAGCUGCAUGGACUGUGGUGCAAGCUAUUGCAAUGAAUGUUUCAAAAUGCACCAUCCUUGGGGAACCGUGAAAGCCCAGCAUGAGUACGUAGGACCAACCACCAACUUCCGGCCCAAG